AUGGGGAAUUGCCAGUGUUAAUCAGCAGACAUCCAAAAGACAGAAGAAAUGCAGCCUCUCGAAUUCAAAUAAGAGAACUUUACUAGUUUUGAGGACCAACAACUCUAGUUUUGCCAAGCUCAAUAAAUAUUGCAAUAAGAGACCAUAAAGUCUAGUAAUGAAACAUCAGAUGAUACUCAUCGUCCUAAUCCAUAAACUGUGUGGUAAACACAAACCUCGUUUGCUACUUAUAAUCUCAUAGUUUAAAAACUUAUGGAUGAAUUGGGUGCAUAUGAAAUAGAUGAUGAGGAAGGAUAUUUUUAUGGGGUCUACGAAUAAAAGGAUGGUUCACUAUAUAAGGGUUGUUGGCAUCACGGCGAAAAAUUUGGAUAUGGAUGCUUAAUUUAUCAGGAUGGGUCAAUAUUUUAAGGACAAUGGAGGAAUGACAAAGCUAAUGGUAAAGGACGAAUGAUCUACAUUGAUGGAGACUGGUAUGAGGGAGAUUGGGUUGACGAUUUAAAACACGGAAACGGAAAAUAUGUGCAUAAUGACGGAACCAUCUAUCAGGGAGAAUGGAAGAAUGAUUAUUAAGAUGGCUAUGGAGAUGAAUAAUUUUCUGAUGGAUCUAAAUAUAAAGGGUAGUUUAAAAACGGGAAGAAGAAUGGAUUUGGCCACUACAUAUGGGUAGACGGUUAAAGUUAUGAAGGAAAUUUUUAAUCUAAUUAUUUUAGUGGAUUUGGGAAAUAUAUAUGGACUGAUGGUAGACAGUAUGAGGGUUAGUGGUAGAAUGGAAGUAUGGAUGGAAAUGGCAUAAUGAAAUGGCCAGAUGGAAGAAAGUAUGAAGGAUAGUACAGUAAUGACAAAAAGCAUGGAACUGGAGUGUUGGAAUGGCCUGAUGGCAGAAAAUAUUCAGGCUAAUGGGAGUCUGGAAAAUAACAUGGAAUCGGAGAGUAUUUUAAUGGAUAGAUUAGUAAAAAGGGUUAAUGGAACUAAGGAAAGCGUCUUAAAUGGUUAGAUUGA